GAGAGACCCAUCGUGAGGGCAAUUUGUAAUAUAAAUGGGAGUAGUUUUAAUUAACAUAUGAAGUUGUGAAAUCCACUUUCCCUUUCUGUCCUCAAUAUAAGUACAAUAUAAGUAAAAUAUCAGUGUACUUAAAACUCAUGAGUCGAUCAGCUAUCAGCUAAAGGAAUCUGCAGGGCAUAAUAGACAAUGGAGUCUCCUACAACUUCAAAACUACAUAAAAAAAGGUUGUGAACAGAUAAAAGUCCCAAUGAGACAACAGAGAUAAGAAUCCUGUCCCCUUAAAAGCCAAUUUAUUUUUUAUCCUUUUUUUUUCCUUUCAAGAAAAGUGAUUAAUUAUUUGCAUGGAAAAAGCAACUAACAAGAUAAAUUAGCCUCCUUUUUAUAUAACACCCUUCAAGUCAUCUUUUUAGCUUGAUCUCAUCUAACAUGGCCAACAGACUCUCUCUUGUAAUGGAGAGAACUGGACAGUGGGUUUUUUCUCAAGAAAUCCCAACUGAUGUCAUUGUUGUAGUUGGAGAAGCCAACUUUUCUCUUCACAAGUUCAUGCUUGUAGCAAAGAGCAACCACAUAAGAAAACUAAUUCUUGAUUCGAAAGAACCCGACUUGGCGAAAGUAAACCUUUCGGACAUACCGGGAGGCACCGAGACCUUCGAAAAGGCUGCUAAAUUCUGUUAUGGAGUCAAUUUUGAGAUCACGGUUCACAACGUGGCUGCUCUAAGGUGCGCGGCAGAGUAUCUGCAAAUGACCGACAAAUAUUGCGACAACAAUCUGGCCGGGAGGACCGAUGAUUUUCUUUCCCAAGUUGCCCUUACAACAUUGUCUGGUGCACUUGUGGUGCUCAAGUCUUGUGAGGAUCUUCUUCCAAUGGCAGAGGAUCUCAGGAUUGUCCAAAAAUGUGUUGAGAUUGCAAGUGCUAAGGCUUGUGUCGAGGCGAAUUUCCCGAGCCGCUCGCCUCCCAACUGGUGGACAGAGGAGCUAACCAUCUUGGACAUAAACUUCUUCUCGAAAAUAAUAUCCUCGAUGAAAUCCCGAGGCGCGAAAGGCCUCACUCUAGCUAGCGCCAUAAUCACGUACACCGAGAGAUCCCUUCGCGAUCUCGUGCGGGACCACUCUGGAAACGGCGCCAAGUCAUCGGAUUCCGGCGACUCCGACCUUCGAGCCGAGCAACGGAGACUCCUCGAGUCGAUCGUGGCCUUGUUGCCUCAGGAAAAAUCGGCAUUCCCUAUAAACUUCUUGUGUUGUCUCCUAAGGACGGCUAUUUUCCUACGAGCCGAUAGCCGGUGCAAAAACGAGCUCGAGAAGCGCGUGUCGGCGAUUUUGGAGCACGUGACUGUGGACGAUCUUUUGGUCCUCUCGUUCACUUACGACGGCGAGAGAUUGUUCGAUCUCGAGUCCGUGAGGCGGAUCGUAUCGGGAUUUGUUGAGAAGGAGAAGAAUGUGUCGGUUUUCAACGCGGGCGAUUUUCGUGAGGUUUGCUCGACGGCAAUGCAGAGGGUUGCUAAAACGGUCGACGCGUAUCUUGCGGAGAUUUCCACUUACGGCGAUUUGAGCAUUUCGAAGUUUAAUGGGAUUGCGAAUUUGGUUCCUAAGGCGGCUCGGAAGGUGGACGAUGAUCUUUACCGGGCGAUUGAUAUCUACUUGAAGGCACAUCCGAACCUAGAUGAAAUCGAGCGCGAGAAAGUGUGUAGCGUGAUGGACACGUUGAAGCUAUCGUACGAGGCAAGAGUUCACGCCUCGCAAAACAAGCGUUUGCCCGUGCAGAUAGUUUUGCACGCGUUGUAUUACGAUCAGCUGAAGCUUAGAAGUGGCGCGGACGAUCAAAAACCUCCCGAUGCAAUAGUCACGAGGAAUCAGCUUCAAGCGGACGUGUCGCUCGUGAAGGAGAACGAAGCGCUUAGAACCGAGCUGCUGAAGAUGAAAGUGUACAUACAGGACAUUCAGAGAAGUCAGCAGGGGACAUCAUCUAAGUCGAGCAGCGGGUCGAGAAAGUUGACUUUUUUCUCGACCGUGUCAAAAACUCUCGGGAAGCUGAACCCUUUCAGGCACGGGUCGAAGGACACGUCGAAUCUGGAGGAUGGGGUGGAUUUGACUAAGCCAAGGAGGAGGAGGUUCUCUAUUUCUUGAAAGUCAAAGAUUGGAACUUUAGUUCCUGUGUUUGAACAAAAAAAAAUGAAAAACAAUUUUUUUUUUGGGUUUGAUUUGUUGGAGUGAGGGGAUUGUGUAAAGAGUUUGAUGAUUGUGUUUGUUUGUGGGAGUGAAAAAAUUGUUCUGGAUGGUGUAGUUUAUGGUGGAACAGUUGUUGAAUGUUGUUGAAUUGUGUGGUUUGUGGUAUGGUUUUGUUGUUAUGUUUUUCAAGUUAUGUUGAUGUGUGCAUGGAGUUAACAAAUAAAAUUGGCAAAUUGGAUAUGUGGAAAUUAAAUUAAUAUGGAG